AUGUUCUUGCUUUGUAAAGUUCCCUUUCAAACUUUAGCUAAUGUGGAAUGCAGUGGCAGUUCUCCUUUGGAAGCAGGUAUCCGUUUGGCUUUGUCCUGUUUGCUUUAUGGAGGAGGACAUUUUGCAGCCUUCAAACACAACUUGAAAGUAGCUGCAAGGUUGAUAAUUAUUUCGGAUGGAUGGCCGUCAACAUCUGCUGAGAUUGGGGGCCCUGAAAUAGACAGAUUCAGCAAAGAAUCGUUUUACGACGGGACCAUAGAGAGAUUGCAAUCACUAAUCAAAGCAAUAGGAAAAAUUAAUCCUAUUGUAUGUAUUCCAGUUGGACCUGAUCCAAAUGUUGAAUUCUUAAAGGGCUUAGUGCAGCUAUGCAGGCGAGGUAGGCUUUUAAAUCAUAAAGAUUCCUGUCAGUGUGGAAGGUUGGCUCUACACAUGAGAAUGAUUACUCAUGUUUUGGAUAUAAAACCAAAUGGUCAAAUAACACGUCAAGAUAUUGGAAGAAUUGCAAGAUUUUCCAGCGUAGGAACUGAAUUCACUGAACAUGAUUUGGAGGACGUCUUCAAUAUAAUUGAUAGUUUAUAUGCAUACAAACUACCCACUGAAGAAGAUCUAAACCCUGACGAAGAUGUCUUUACUGAACGUUAUUCAAAUCUUCCUAAAAUUGGUACAAGAGUUAGACGAGUACCACACUGGACCUAUAAAAAUCAAGAUAGUAAUGGACCGGGAACAGUGAUUGGGCACUCAGAGAAUUUUGGUUGGGUUAUAGUGGAAUGGGACAACGGUGAUCGGUUGAGUUACCAGUACGGAUUUGAUGGUAUGGUUGAAAAGUAUGACAUCGCUACUUCCGAAGAACCAAGAAUUCUCGAAAAUGAAUUGAUAGCUGUUGGUUGCUUAGUUACA